AUGUUAGCAUCAGCAGAGGCCGGAAAGUUCGAGGAGGCGGCAAAGCAGAGCAAGGAGCUGCUUCCACUUCAGCUGGACGACGAGGGAAGCGUCCUGAACGCGAAUGUCCAGUUCUAUGAAGCCUUUAACAAACGAAGUUAUCCUGACAUGAAGAAGUGCUGGCUGAAUGUGCCAUUUGCACAAUGCAUUCAUCCCUAUGAUGAGGCAGGCCACCAUCACACCGGCUACGAGGAGAUCUGUUCGUCUUUCGAGAGGAUCUUCGAACAGUCCAAGAAGCAGACCACAAUAGCUUUCGACAGAGUCAAGGUCAAUGUGCGCGGUGGCACCGCCAUCGUGACUUGCAUGGAGCGGUUGACGGGCAAGAGCCACAGGACGUCCUUGCGUGCAAGCCAUAUCUUUCGCAAGAACUUCGACAACCGCUGGGUGAUGUUGCACAGGCACGCGAGCAAACCACCAGGAGAAAGCUCCGGUCUAGAGGGGGAUGAGGAGGCUUUCCGAGAGUUCCAGCGGGUGAUGCGAGCCGCGCAAAACCUGGGCAACCCGAUCGUAAUUCGGGCACCUUACUUUGCUGCUGAGCACGAUGGCGAGCACGAUGAUGAAGGCCCCUUUGGCAUAGCUGGCCAUAUCGCCCCCGUUCCUGUUGAGGAGGUCGGAAGGGAUGAGCUGGACGAAGACUCGGACUCAGAUUCCGAUCUGGAUUCAGAUUCCGACCUGGAGGACAGCGAAAUGUAUGUUGACGACUCGGACGAGGAAGAAGAAGACAUUUUUGACGCUCGAGAGGCCAUUCGUGGUUUGAGGAAGCUCGAAAAUCAAGGUGUGCUGACGAGGGAGCAAAAGAUACUGUUACUUGCAGAGAUGAGCGACAACCCAAAGGACAAUUUGGCCGAGCGAGCGUAUGUGCUGCUCCUUCGUGGUUUGGUGGAAGAGUCAGAGGAGUCAGAGGAGUAUGAUGCCGCAUGGCAGGACUUUGCUGAUUUGCUGUCUCUGCAGGUUAAGCGGCUGGAGAAGGGCAAGCUUCAAGCGCGGAAACGGAAGGACACAGAAGGGGCGGACAAACCAUGA